AAUUUCAACGCCCACACAAACACACACACACACUCAUGUCACACCUCUGCUCCUCAUCUAUAUAAUUAUAUUUAUUCAUUAAUUAAUUCUUUAUAUAUAAAUACACACCUCGCCCUCGGAUUUCUUUGUCACCAGACUCACCACCAUUCCAUUAUUUCCCAAUUUCCAUCUCUCUCUCUCUCUCUAAACUAAAGGCUAAAGCAGCAUGGGUGGCGCCGACGAGGAGUGGGUCAAAGCCGCCUUGACAGACGACACGAUGGUGGUGGAGCUCCUGGUGCGCCUCCACGCCUCCGCGCCGUCGCCUCCGCCCCCGCCCGUCUUGGUGUGGACCGUCCGCCAGCGCCGGUCGAGGCCCGCCGCCACCAGGAAGCCAGCUCAGAGCCAGCGAGCUAGCCCUAGCACGCCGCUCUGCUGGACCGGCGGCGGCACAUCCCUCAGCGGUGGAUCUGGCGGAGCCGGCGGCGGCGGCUCCGAGGAGUCCAGCAGGCCACACACCCAGAAACUCUCCACCGACGUGAGAUCUAAGCUUAAUGGUGAUAGUGGCAAAUCCAUCUCAAAGAGGUCAAGAAAGAAGAAGACCUUAACGGAACUAAAAGACGAAGAGAACUCAUUGCUAAAGGAGAGAAGAAACUUGAAGAGAGAUAUUGCUGCAUUACGCAUUAAUUUGGAGGAACAAAUAGCUAAAAAUGAGAACUUGAAGAGAAUAAAGAUCGAGUUGCAACCCCUACUUGAUGCAGAAACGGUAUUUUCAACCAAGGAACCAGUUUCAGACAACCAGCUGCAUCCAGACGGUCCCGCCAUUACGCCACCACUAAUCUCAGACAAAGCCGUGGCACUACACUCAAAUGACUGCCCUACAUCACCUAUUAAAGAUGCCACAACUAGUCAUGCUUUUAUGCUUCCUGAUCUAAACAUGCCCUUCGAGGAUGCCUGCCCUGAUGUACUCUGCAGUGUCAGCUAAACCGGACAGUUAGGUUAUACUCCCCUACUAAGUCAGACGAAAAACAUAACGAGUGACACAUAUACUAAAUAAGGGCUAACCUUGCUUUAGGACAAAGUGUAAUGUAACUGUAUGAUAGUGCCAAUCAAACAAUACAUGUUUGACCAAAGUGUCUUGUUGUAGUUAGGAUCUAUUCUUUUUUUUGUUUACUUAUGGAUGAAGAGAAGUUCCGAGGUUAAGUUUA